AGUUUAUCUAUGAUUUAAACUGUCAAAUGUAGAAACGAAAAUGUCAUAAUAAAAGUAUUCGCUGCAAUGGUCCAGAGUAUGAAUAUUGGCUAAAUAAAAAUUUUAAUAUCUAAAAUUCCAGUGAACAAUAUAAAAAUGAAAACAGAUUUUUUCUACUUAAUCCCCAGUGCAUUAACAAUCGUCUAUGCUACUUACGGUAGUUGGUUCCUCAUUUCGGAAAUUUUUACUACUUUAAUGCCAUUAACUUUGAUAUUUACCGGAGCAUUAGUUUGUUUAGUUUUUAUAUUUAGAAUACCACCUCCUACUACGGCUUCCGUUGAAGCUGUUUUGGGAAAAAUUAUUGAAGAUCCUGUUGGGGACAACAACGGUUUUGUUAUAAAAACUAUAGCUCACAGAGGAGCGGGUUUAGAUGCACCGGAAAAUACCAUAGAAGCUUUCAAAAAAUGUCACGAAAAAGGUUGUGAUAUAAUAGAAUUAGAUGUAUGUCUUACGGCGGAUCAAGUUCCGAUAGUUUUUCACGAUUCCGAUUUAGAAAGAAUGGCCGAUAUGAAUGUUUUAAUCAAAAAUAUAAAGUAUGAAGAUUUAGCAAACAUCGACAUAUCCGUAAAACAUGCAUACAGAGAUUCAUUUCCUAACGCUCAUGUACCAACUUUAGAACAAGCUGUACAACAAAUGCUCGGGAUGGGGCAAAGAAUAUUUAUUGAUAUUAAAGAACCUAACAGUAAGAUUGUCCCUUUGAUUAUAAAAAUCUUCGAAAAAUAUCCAGAAUUAAAAACUAAAGCUGUUGUGACAUCAUUUUUUCCUAAUAUAAUAUAUUUAAUACGAAGAAGCUCGCCGGAUAUUAUUGGAUGUUUAGCAUGGAAAGCGGAUAAUUUCAGACAUAGUAGUUUGAAAAAUUCGACUUUUUGUAAUACGAAGCAAAUGAAAGUACUAAAAAACGCUCUAUUUUGGAUUUUAGACUGCCUCCACUCAUGGGCAUUGCCCAGAAUCACAUACUAUGUCUUAGGAUUGUCGGUUAUUUUGUUACACAAAGAUUUGGUUUGUAGUGAAACGAUUCGAAAUUGGCGGUCGAAAGGGGUGAGAGUUAUAGUUUGGACUGUUAAUAGUCCAAUUGAAAAGCAAUAUAUGUAUCGUACACUUAAAAUACCUUAUUUGACAGAUACACUUACAGGUGAAACAACCGUGCAUAGUACUAUGCAAAGUUAAUUUGAUAAUUUCUAUUUUUAGUAAUAUUUUCAAGUAUCUAGUAUCUUGUAGGUAUUUUUUUCUAUAUUUAAUUAGAAAAAUUGUGAAAAAAACACUUUAUGUGACAUUUUUUUGAUUUUAUGACUAUUAUUGACACUAUUUUGACCUAUACUUUGAAACAGAUUUAAAACAGUGACAUUUGGAAAAUUCUUAGUGUUAUUAGAAAGCUAUUUAAAAAAAUGUUUGUUUAAUUUUUCUUUAAAGUUCUGAUUGAUUUACUGUUGUGAAAAGCCUCCAAAUCAGUGAGGAUCUGCUAUUUUUAGGGGGUUUUAAGAAAUUUGGAAAAUUUUUGGUAGCUUCUUUAAAUCGUGUUAGUGGCUUAAUUUUAAAUUUACUUUUGAAUUGUUUCAUAGAAAAUUUGUUUUUUUGAUUAUAAUGACUCUUUUAUCGUUUUAAUCACUAUUUAUUUACAUAAUCUCACUUCUGAUACCAAAUAUUUCACUAUUUAUCUAAUAUUUGCAGCACUAUUUGUCCAUUUUCACUAAUUUACAAUUUAAAUGUUUUUUUUUCACUAUUUAUUCACAAAAUCCUACCUUUAGCACCAAUAUAACAUUCAUUUAUUCACGUAGCACCAUUUAUGGUCGUCCCUUGAUGAAUUUUUUCACUAUUUGAAGCAAAAUUUGUCAAUUUUCACUUAUUUCCAAUUUACAUGGUUUAGAAUCACUAUUUAUCUAUGAAACCCCACUUUUGUCACCAAUAUAACGUCCAUUUAUUCACAUGGCACAAUUUAUGGUCAUCCCUUGAUGAAUUUUGUCACUAUUUGUCCAUUUCCACUAAUUUUCAAUGUAAUUAUUUUGAUUUACUAUUUACGUACAAAAUUCCACUUUUAACACCAAUGUAACUUUUCUAUUACAUUAUUUAAAUAUCACUAUUUAUGGUUUACUCUCGCUGAAUUUAACAUUAAUGUGGCACAAUUUUAAAUUUACAAACUAUUUAACACACCUGACAGUAUUUUUUGUAACACAUAAUGAAUACCACCAGAAAUUCCUCCUUAUUUCAGUAAAUGAUGAAAUUUCUAAUAUCCAGACAGUUUUUACAAAUUUCUUAACUCUAUUUUUUAUACCCACCAGUUUUUUAUGCAUUUUUAUAAAGACUGUGGUGUUUCACACGUUCAUUAUUCCACACAUUCAGUCCAAAAACAGCAUUUAUUUCCUUUAACGUUCCUAUUUAGUUUUAUAUUGACCCUAAAGAUUUUCUUCAGCUUAUUUUUGCCUUAUAUAUUGUCGGAGACUGCAGUUGAUAGUCUUCAUAGGGAAAUUUGUUAAUUUUCUAAUUAUAACAACCUUUAUCGACAUUUUUCUACCACAAAUAUCAAAAAUAAUUUUUUUAUUAUUUUCCGAUGUUAGAACAGUUGCCUCAAUAUCUUAUUAAUUUUUUGGCAAAAUUUGUUCAAUUUAAGUAUAUUUUGAUGUAUCGAUCUCGAGAAACGUAAACUUGCCAUUUAAACUAUAUAUUUAGUACUAAAAAAUUGGUUUUAAAGAGCAAAAGUUUUAUUACUAAGAAAAGCUACAAAAUUUUAGUAUACACACUAUAAUUAGGCCCAUAUAAUUAUUUUUUAAUUAAAAAUUUGAGUGUAUGUGAAUAUUUUGAAUUUAAUUUUUAAUAUCAAAUAUGUUUAUGUGAAUUAAAGUACUUCUCAAUUA